GUGGAAAGCAUAUGAACUACCUAAAUCCCGGUUUGUUGCUUCCAGAAGUUCUCUAAACAAGUAUCCAACACUGUAGAAUAAUUUGACCGUUUUCACCUCGGAAAAGUCUUCGGAAGUUAUUGCAAGCUGCCGAGGAUUGAUAUGAAUUAUGGGACACAGCCAUUCACGUGAUCAGUAUCGGAAGGCGGUGACAUCAUACUGUAACUUUUUGUAACAUUCUGGCUUAUUUGGACUUACUAACUCAAAAAAUACAUAUCCUUUCUUGCCAAGAUGUCUUCCCUCUUCAGAUCAGAGGAAAUGACACUGGCUCAACUUUUUCUUCAAGCCGAGGCGGCUUAUUCUUGUGUCAGUGAACUAGGAGAGCUGGGCCUUGUGCAGUUCCGAGAUUUAAAUCCAGAUGUGAAUGCCUUUCAACGAAAAUUCGUCAAUGAAGUCAGACGCUGCGAGGAGAUGGAAAGGAAACUUCGAUUUCUAAACAAGGAAAUUGAAAAGGCUGAUAUCCAAGUUUCAGACACUGGAGAAAAUCCAGAAGCCCCACAACCUCGAGAAAUGAUUGAUCUUGAGGCCCAGUUUGAGCAGUUGGAAAAUGAAAUGAAAGAUAGCAAUGCAAAUUAUGAAGCACUCAUGAAGAGCUUUCUGGAGCUGACAGAACUCAAACACAUCCUUCGCAAGACGCAGACCUUCUUUGAAGAGGCCGAACUCCAUGUGCAUAAUCAACAACAGAUCCAUGAACCGCAGGGCACUGAUGAUAUGCAAGCUCUCCUUGGAGAGGAGCCAAGAGGAGGUGGUGCCGCUGCUACAGCAACUCAGUUGGGUUUUGUAACAGGAGUUAUAGCACGAGAACGAGUACCUUCCUUUGAACGUCUUCUGUGGCGUGCCUGCCGGGGAAAUGUGUUCUUCAAACAGGCAGAAAUAGAGACUCCUCUGGAAGAUCCAAGCACUGGAGACCAAGUCAACAAGUGUGUCUUCAUUAUAUUCUUUCAAGGAGACCAGCUCAAAAGCAGGGUGAAGAAGAUUUGUGAGGGAUUCCGUGCCUCACUUUAUCCUUGUCCAGAUACUGCUGCUGAGAGGCGAGAAAUGGCCAUUGGAGUGAACACAAGAAUUGAAGAUCUGCAAACAGUACUGAAUGAAACGCGUGACCAUCGCCAUCGAUUGUUGAUGACUGUAGCAAAGAACAUAAACCACUGGUUUAUCAAGGUAAAAAAGAUCAAGGCAAUUUAUCACACAAUGAACAUGUUCAACCUGGAUGUCACUCAGAAAUGUCUUAUUGCUGAGUGUUGGUGUCCAGUAAGUGACUUGGAUAAAAUUCAGCAAGCAUUGCGGCGAGGUACUGAACGCAGUGGUGCUGCUAUACCAUCUAUUCUGAAUCGCAUGGCCACUCGCCAGGAGCCUCCAACUUUCAACAGGACCAACAAGUUUACCCAGGGGUUUCAAGCCAUUGUAGAUGCCUAUGGAGUAGCAAACUAUCAGGAAGUUAAUCCAGCCUUGUUUACAGUCAUUACAUUUCCAUUCCUGUUUGCGGUCAUGUUUGGAGACUGUGGUCAUGGUUUGAUCAUGUUCCUGUUUGCUCUCUGGCUGGUUGUGAAUGAAAAGAAACUAGCUGCCUACAAAGAAGGAGGAGAGAUGUUUGAUACAAUUUUUGAGGGACGCUACAUCAUCAUGCUUAUGGGACUGUUUGCAGUCUACACUGGUCUUAUUUACAAUGACUGUUUUUCCAAGUCCUUCAACAUCUUUGGUACAGCCUGGGAUCUAAGUGAAGACUGGAAUCCCAUCAACAAAAAAGCUUUAGAUGGUUAUGCGGAAAACAAAGAGGUUAUAGUUGAUCCAGAGCACACAUACCGUGGGGUGCCUUACUUCUUUGGUAUUGACCCAAUCUGGCAAAUAGCCACUAACAAACUGACUUUCACCAAUUCAUUUAAAAUGAAGCUGUCCAUCGUGUUUGGUGUGACACAUAUGAUGUUUGGUGUUUGCCUGAGUUUCUUCAAUCAUGGGCACUUCAACAAACCUCUGAAUAUCUACACAGAGUUUAUACCUCAGGUUCUAUUUUUGUUUUGCAUCUUUGGUUACCUGGUCAUUUUGAUCUUCUACAAGUGGAUUGCCAUCAGUGUUCAAUCUAAGAGUUAUCCAAGUUUGCUGUUGGCACUCAUCAACAUGUUUCUUAAAUUUGGAGGUUCUAUCCACGAUUCUGAGCUCCUCUUCCCGGGACAGGCUGCCAUCCAGCCAAUACUAGUUGUCAUAGCCGUACUGUGUGUACCUUGGAUGCUCUUGGUGAAGCCUUUCUAUCUUCGACACCAACACAAAGUGGCUGAAGCACAAGGUUUCCAGAGGCUGAGGUCUAGCAGCCCUCCUCCAUCGAUGGUGCAGGUUGAAGAGGUAGGAAGGGACUCUGAUGUGGUCCAUCAUGAUGGCCAGGCUCAAGCUGAAAUGCAUGAUGAUGUUCAUGAGGAGUUUGAUUUUGGGGAAGUAUUUGUACAUCAGGCCAUUCAUACCAUUGAAUACUGCCUGGGCUGUAUCUCAAACACAGCCUCUUAUUUGCGACUGUGGGCCCUCAGUUUGGCGCAUGCAGAGCUGUCUGAAGUGUUAUGGAACAUGGUGUUGCAUUUGGCUCUGUCUUUCAAGGGAGGACUAGGAGUGGUUGCUUCCUUUGCUUUGUUUUCGUUUUGGGCGGUACUCACUGUUGCCAUUCUUUUGAUUAUGGAGGGUCUAUCAGCCUUCUUGCAUGCUCUACGUCUCCAUUGGGUUGAGUUCCAGAGCAAAUUCUAUCAAGGAACAGGCUACAAGUUUCAGCCAUUUUCUUUCAAGUUAAUAAUAAGUGGUCAGCUUGAGGAAUGAUUUGACUGGGCAGCUUUUUGAAGUGUUGUUUUAGAGACAAGUUUAAUUUUGGCUUAAAAUAAUUUUGUAGAAGUUAAUCUUGGUAAUAAUUAUCUUCAUCAAAAUAAUCUCGGGAUGGUAAAAAAACUGACCUGACUUUACAUUUCUUAUGGUAGUGAAAAUGUGAACUUGAGUGACAUUUUUUUUUUUCUCUUUUGGCAUCAUAUCCUGCAUGUUCACCUCCCUAAUGAUCACCAAUGAUCUUGCAAGGAGGAAUUACCUGCUACUCACUUUUUGGGGUUGAAGGGUUAAGUUUUGAAGAUGAUUGAAAAUUGAUUUUAGGUGGACUGAUUGUUGGUUGAUCUGAGAAUUGUUUUUGUUAAUUGGAAGGAGUGGGGAUAAAUAAAACCUGUUUUCUAUUGCA